AUGAAACGUAAACGUCUUAAGACUGGGGGACCACAAAUGAAUAUACUCAGAAUAGAAUCACAAAAGUAUGAGAAACAACAAAAUGCUCAAUUUCAAAAUGAUAUCGAAGAUAUAUCUGCAUUUUCACAGCAAAUGUGCAUUACUUAUACAAUGUCACCAUCUUCACAAUUAGUUUCUCCCAUAAAGAGAAAAUUAACUUCCUCAGCAGUCCUAAUGAACAGAUUUAAUGACAAUAGUAAAGUAAAAAUGAGAGAAAUAUUGAACGUAGGAGCUAUAAAAGAACAAACAAGUUCCAUAGAUUAUAUGCAACAACAGCAACAAGUAGCCAUAAAACAACAACAACACGUCAAUGAAAAUUCUCUUGAAAUGAGUGAUGAUACCUGUGAUAAGAUGAAGUUAACAACCCAGGAAAUGAAUACACAAAAUUCUAUGAGUAACAUCAAUAACAACAGCAUUGUUAGCAAUAAAAAUAAUACCGAUAAUGAACAUGGUAGUUCUCAUAUUGUUAAUAAUAUCAUAAAUCAUUUGCCCAAUAUUCCAAUCGCUUAUGACAAUAACAUAACAUCACUGUGGCCACCAAAUGAUAGUACCAAUAUACAAAAUAUACCACUCUUCAAGAAUUUGGUGACACCAGUUACACAAAAACAGACACCACAUCAACAACACCAACAUCAACAACACCAAUAUCAACAACACCAACAUCAACAACACCAACAUCAACAACACCAACAGCAACAUCAACAACACCAAUAUCAACAACGCCAAGUAUUGCAAAACACAAUGGAAUUUUUACCAGAGGACUCCACUCAUAAUGGAAUUUUAAACUGUGUAAAUGGAGAAAAUUUUGUGCACAAUCAGACAAUUUACGAAUAUCCAAUUUAUCGAUAA